GGUGAGCAUCCCGCCAACAGUUUUCGAUCCCCCCGCGGGCCUUCUACCUGCGGUUCUCGCGGCUUCAGGACAAUGGCGGAGAUCGACACCGAGUUCGCCAUAAGGCUGGCGGCGAAGGACACCAAGACCGCGGUGAACGAGUUCUGCCAGCGCUUCUGCGCCCGGCCCGUGGCCAAGGAGGACAUCCCGGGGCGGCCACGAAGUACCCGGGGGGCUUCCAGUCCACGGUGAAGCUGAACUGCAUCGAGGGGAAGGAGUUCGCGGGCGAGCUGGCCCCCAAUCAGAAGGAGAAGCCGAGAAGAGCGCCGGGCAGCAGGUCCUGGACUUCUACGCCGAGCAGAUCAACACCAUGCCGAAGGCGGGCAAGAAGCGGAAGGCCUCGGGCGGUGGCGCGGGCGCGCCGGCGGCGCAGAUGGCGCGGUUAGGGGAGCCGAUGGUGCCGGGCAUGUCUCCUGUGGCGGCUGUGGGGAACCCGGCGACCAGCGCCAAGAGCGAGCUUAACUCCACGUGCUCGAAGAUCAUGCGGCGCGUCAUGGAGAAAGGAGACGUGAUGUACGAGACGCACACCGUGGAGGGCGGCUACCAGUCCACGGUCACCAUGCCGAAGCUGCCCAACGAGUGGGGCCAGCAGGUCUGGGCUGGGGAGGUGUGCACGAAGAGGCAGGACGCGGAGCAGAGCGUGGCGGCGAUCGCGCUGGAGGCCAUCCGCGCCGACCCCGAGCUGAUGGCCGCUUUCAACGCCCCCCAGAAGCCCAAGAACUGGUCUCCGUGUGGAAGCAAGGGCAAGGGCAAGGGCGGCGUCAUGAAGGGCGGCAAGGGCCUCCAGGUCGCCGCCAAUGCGGCCAACCAGUGGAACGCGGCGGCCAUGGGCAUGGGCGGGUGGGGCUUCUGAGGCCCUGCCGCGACUCGAUACCGUUAUUGCGCAGCCGUCGGGGGCAAUUGUGUAGGAAA